AAGAUGGGGGGGCUACUUCAGAUGCGUCUGUUCACUCAGUGAUGGACACGGGGAAUGCGAUGAAGGAUUAUCAGAAGCUGCUGAAGCACGAGGUGAAGAAAGAGGAGCAGCGCAGCUUGAGCAUGCCCUUCCUGGCCAUUGAGUCACCCAAGGGCACUCCCCUUCUGCCUACCCUUUCAGGCAUUUCUGCCAAUCCUGCCCAUGUCAAGCUCUCAGCCCUCAAGCAUCAGGGGCAGGCCCAUGGUAAGGGGAAAUCUCAUGUAGCCCCCACUCGUUUCCCGCAGGCGGAAACAGACAAAAAGGCGCAAGGGGCAGAGGCCUUGAUGAACCAGCUCCUGAAGAACGCCAAGUUUCAAGGAGGGCCGUGGGACGAGCAGGAGAAGUCUGCAGUAGCUGAGGCUCCGAUGAAGGCAGCGGGCAGGCCGCACGUCGUUCAGCAUGUGGAGAUGCCCGUUAGGCAGCAGGCAGUGAGAGUAGUGAAGCAAGCGCCUCCUGCUCCUGCAUCAGCUCCCGUUGAGCGCCGAUUUCCUGCGAGAAGGGAGACAGACCCUGUGGAUGUAGCUGGAAUGUUGAUCAACGACAUAGGACAAGAUUUGGGGUUCUCAUGAUUAAAGCGAGAAGAGUG